UCAUUGUGAUCGAGGUGUACGCGCUCGUGUGUGCUCGUGUGCGCUCUUCAGUUCAGCGCUCCGCUCGCUGACAGUCUGCUGCCGCUGCUGUUGGACGAGAACUAUGGAGGAGAAGCGUAAGGUGGAUGAGAGUGCCAAAGACCCACAAUCAACCUCCUACCAGCGGAGGAUGUGGAGGAAUUUCCAGGAGAAAACCAAACCGUUUUUAAGCCCCAAACUGGGCUCCGACCGACGCAGCGGGGAUGGUAAAAAAGAGAGCAGCCUGUGGAUGUUUAAAAGAAAGAAAACACAGGUCCUGGAUCGGGUCUUCUCGUCCUCACAGCCCAAUCUGUGCUGCUCUACUCCACCGUCUUUCGACAGCGACCAGCCGGACUCGAGCGCCAGUAUAGGGCUCGGGACAUCACCGCUGGCCGCUGUUGAUGGAGCAUCAGUCAGUAAACCGGAGAUUUCCGUAUCCGCGCACGGGAGCCCGAAGCUGCUCGUGUCUCAUCUGGCGAUGAUGUCCCAGCAGAAGAGCUCGUCCUUGGGCUCGACGUGCUUUGAGAAGCUGGUAGUGGAUUCAGCGGCAUCCAGUGAGGAUGAGCUCGCUAAAAACGCCAGUGAUCUGGGCAUCAACAUUGUGGAGCCAAGUAAUGAAGGACUUCCUCCCCCGUCAAAGCCAGGAAUGUAUCAAUUGGAUAUUGUGCUGAAGAAGGGCAAUAAACUGGCCAUCAGGGACAGAGGAGGAACCAGUGACCCCUAUGUGAAGUUUAAGAUAGCAGGGAAGGAGGUGUUCCGCAGCAAGACAAUACACAAGAACCUGAACCCAGUAUGGGAUGAGAAAGUCAGUCUGCUGGUGGAGAGUUUGAGAGAGCCUCUCUAUAUGAAGGUUUUUGACUAUGACUUUGGGCUGCAGGAUGACUUUAUGGGUUCUGCAUAUCUCUAUUUAGAGUCCCUGGAGCACCAAAGGACACUGGAUGUGACCCUUGACCUCAAAGAUCCCCACUAUCCCAACCAUGACCUGGGUUCACUUGAACUGGCGGUCACACUUAUUCCAAAAGAGGGAGACUUCAGGGAAGCAACCAUGCUUAUGAGAAGGAGCUGGAAACGAUCCAGUAAGGUAAUCCCUCAUCAGAGCCUGAGGUUAUCAGAUGUUCACAGGAAAGCGCAGCUAUGGAGAGGCAUCGUCAGCAUCAGUCUUAUAGAGGGUCAUGACCUCCAGCCAAUGGAUGCCAAUGGCCUCAGUGACCCUUAUGUCAAAUUCAGAAUGGGACAUCAAAAGUACAAAAGUAAGACAAUUCCAAAAACGCUAAACCCGCAGUGGAGAGAGCAGUUUGACUUCCACCUAUAUGAUGAACAGGGUGGUUUCGUAGACAUUACUGUCUGGGACAAAGAUGCAGGAAAGAGAGAUGACUUUAUGGGCAGGUGCCAGGUGGACCUCUCUGUUCUCUCUAAGGAGUGCACACACAGACUGGACCUGCCUCUGGAGGAGGGUGAGGGCACACUGGUGCUGCUGGUCACCCUCACAGCCUCUGCUGCUGUCUCCAUCGCUGACCUGUCUGUCAUGCUCGACGACCCCAACGAGAGGAAAGAGAUUUUACAUAGAUAUAGUCUACUCAGAUCCUUUCACAAUAUUAAAGACGUGGGCAUGGUGCAGGUGAAGGUGAUCCGGGCAGAGGGACUGAUGGCAGCUGAUGUUACAGGCAAGAGUGACCCCUUCUGUGUGGUGGAGCUCAGCAACGAUCGGUUACAGACGCACACUGUGUACAAAAACCUCAACCCAGAGUGGAACAAAGUCUUUACAUUCAAUGUGAAAGACAUCCACUCAGUCUUAGAGGUGACUGUCUACGACGAAGACAGAGACCGAAGUGCCGACUUCUUGGGCAAAGUAUCUAUACCAUUGUUAAACAUCCAAAAUGGAGAACGCAAAGCUUACGCCUUGAAAAGCAAGGAACUGACAGAGCCAACCAAAGGGGUCAUCUUUCUCGAAAUAGAUGUGAUUUAUAAUGUUGUGAAAGCCGGCCUGAGAACUUUGAUACCCAUCGAACAGAAAUACAUCGAAGAGGAGCCACGGGUGUCCAAACAGCUGCUGCUGCAGAACUUUAACAGAGUGAGGCGCUGUAUCCUGUUCCUCUUCAAUGUUGGCUGCUACAUCAACAGCUGCUUUGAGUGGGAGUCUCCUCAGAGGAGCAUCUGUGCCUUUCUGUUUUUUGUUGUAGUCGUGUGGAAUUUUGAGCUCUAUAUGGUCCCGCUGGCUCUGCUGAUGCUGUUGGCCUGGAACUACAUUCUCAUCGCUUCAGGGAAGGACACUAGACAGGGAGACAUGCAAGCUGUGGAGGAUUUGCUGGAGGACGAAGAGGAAGAUUUUGACAGAGAUGACAAGGUGCCGGGCUCAGUCCCCUCCCAGGAUGGCCGGCUGCCGGAAAGCCAUAUCCUUGCGGAUAUUUUGGCUUCCUGGCACUUUGAGUGGAUUCGCGUGAUGGUGGACUCUGAGAGAAAAGGUUUCAUGAACAAGCUGUAUGCCAUUCAGGAUGUGUGUAUCAGCGUGCAGAAUGCUCUGGAUGAAGUGGCCUCCUAUGGUGAGAGGAUAAAGAACACUUUGAACUGGACCGUGCCUUUCCUGAGCUGGUUGGCCAUAGUUGCCCUGUGUGCGGCUACUCUUUUAAUAUACUUUAUUCCUCUCAGAUACAUCGUACUGGCUUGGGGAGUGAACAAGUUCACCAAAAAGCUACGAGACCCGUACAGCAUCGACAACAAUGAGCUGCUGGACUUCCUGUCCCGAGUGCCCUCAGAUGUUCAAGUGGUGCAGUACCAAGAACUGAAACUGGAUCCCACUUACAGCCCAAAUAAAAGAAAGAAAAAUAACCCAGGAUAGCUUCUUUCCUCCCAUGGAAUGCCUUUCUUCUCCCUAGACCAAGGAGAAGGAGUGGACUGAUGUGGACCAGCCUCACAGUCUCUCUUUUUCUGUCUUUCUCUCUCACUCUUUUUCUCUCUGUUUUAGCCGCAGUCUCUCACAACAUUGCAAGUUUAAAGAGCGCGGUCAGAGUGAAAAGGGGGAUCAUUAUUAAUUACCAUAAUGACUGUUUCUCUGUCCUUUUUGUGGGGUUUAUUUUUUGCGGCAGCUAAAACGGAGAAAGCUCUUGACCCCUUUUAGAGUCAAACAGUCUGGCUUAUUUGUCAAUGCUUGCCACAAGCCAGAGAGCUCGAAAAAGCCAAGGUGUCCUUCUACGGCAGCAAAGGGAGCCAUGUUAGCCAUAAAUAGCAGGAUCAGCUGAUAAUACACCCACCUGCAUCUCUACAGAAGGGAAAACUAUGGUGGUUAUGUCACAUUUUGCACCCUGUAAUUUGCGCACCACAGUAACUGCCAUAUCUAAAGCUAUCCACAGCUGUCGAGCAGCAGUUAUCAGAGUUGAUAGCUAAGCCUGUAAGAGUCCGAUUUAUGGCUGUAACUAAAGUGUUUGUGAAAACAACUCGAUAGCCCUGUGCACAGGGAUUUUUGCUAUCUUUACAUUGUUUUGAUGUUAUUUUAACGGUAUGAAUGAUGCAUGCUGAGAUUAUUAAUUGUAAACUUUCUUUGACCAGUAGUAGCCUACCCAUGUCAGUGCUGUUGUCGUAGUGUGGAUUGGAGUACUUCAGAGAGUGUUUACAUGUCAUUUACAUCAUCUCACAUCAUUCACUGCUUUGCUCCCACCCAAGGAGGUAACAUGUGAAGCUGUUCAUUCACAUUUAAAUUAAUAUCCAAGGCAGUUGCUCGGAUUGGGAAUUCAACCCCGAACGUAUGCGACCUGUAUGCUCAUGGGCACUGAUUUUUUUUUUUUUAAGUUAAUCACGGAAGCUGCAGGAAAAUCAGGCCCUGGAAUAAACAUCUACUACACUGACCUACAAAGACAAAACCACUGGUUGUUGGUGCUUUUCAAUAUUGGGGACUAUUGUUUUUGGUGUCUGCAAUGUUACUCCCAAAAGCAGCUCAAACUACUACUCAAGCAGUGACUUAACAAAAACAAUUAACUAAGCUCUAAAUGUUUUUUUUUUUUUUUUUUUUUGCAUCAAAAUAGGCAAAAUAUUCGAUUAUGAAAGCUGAAAUUAAUGUGUUAAGUCAGAUUGCAAAUAACUAUCUCAGAGCAGGCAAACAAUUAUCAGUUGACAGCAGUAAUUUUACAUUUGAUAUGCUGCUAGUCAUGUUCAAUUAUUGGCUGUUUGUUGUGAAGUCCCGCCCAAUCAUGAUAUAGAGAGGCCAGACUUCCUGGUGGGACAAAAUUACAUUGAUGGAAAGCCAAUAGGCAAUCAGAUGGAGAUCCAAUGCAAAUAGCUCUCCCAUAGACUCCCAGAGAAGCAUGGCGUACUGGUGGGACCAAAAAUGACAUGUUUAGAGCCCCUCAUCCAAUUAAAAUUGAUCUUUUGAAAAUAGAAUGGUACAGGUAUCUGACAUAGGCUCUAUGGGCCGUGCAUCUACUGUCUUCUGUGGACAUAUUCAACAGAAUGACAACAGUGAUGUGUGAUAUUUUACACUUUUAUUUGCUAAAAUAUUGAAAUGCACAGUAAAGAGUUAAAUGUAAUUUCCUUCGAUUAUUUGUACGUAAUAUUACACUCGUCAUCGCCACAUUUCUUGUACAAUUUUAGGGGAAGUCAUGCUUCCCAUGCUGAAAGCAAUCUCCACUGGACAAAAUAGAGUAACUGCUCUAACACUGAAACUCAGAAAAAUGGCAUCAAAGUUACUUGGGUUUAAGAGUUCUCUUUGUAGUCAUUGCAGUUUUAACAAUCUGUUUUCUCUGAAUCUGAGCAUAUCUGAGCCAAACUCACAGGACAGAUAAUAGAUCAAGAGACUCGAUUUCAAUCACAACUCAGUUUUAACAAAAUGUGUAGUUACUGCGGUUACCCUUUGCAAUGUAGCUUGUCAAAAAUUUUAUUUCAUCAGAAUACACGGUUCCUUUUCAAAUGGCCCUGCUGUAGUGCACACGUAUUGCCACAGAGUGCCACUCCACUAAUAAAGGCAUCAGUCCAGAGCAGCAGAAUGGCGAUUGAGAGGCGAGAGAGGCACAUUCUAAUUUGAAAGCGAGUUCCCGUGUUAUCUCGGCACGCACUGCUCCGUUGGGAUAGGCGACUCUGCCACUGUGCCCGCGGCCAUCAGCCACCCCGUCUGCCCCAUCUCCUGUGCCCACCCGCCUUUCAAACUUUGAUCUCUCUCUCUCUCAAGACUGCACUACCGAAUGUGUGCACUUGUUUUACAAUGGAAGGACACUCAGAUUCUGGCUAAAGUGUUUACCAUAUCCUUCUUUAAAAUCCCGAACUUGAAGGGCAAAUGUCAGUGUGUGUUUUCAUUGCUGUGGAUUGGCUGCUUGACAAAAAGUCGAUAGCGUGUGACAAGCUGCUUUAGGGCCUUAGGGGGUACCAGAGGGCAGAGGUUUACUGCCGCUACCAUGGAGGCAAAAAACGAGUACGCGGGCUGCUUUUUUGGAACUCCUCCUGUCAUUCCACUCUCUCUCCUUCAUCCAUCCACAUGAGAGAGAGGUCACGAAUCAGUCUGCGGGGGGCUCUUGAGGGACCUCAGUGCAGUGAACGCUGAAAGAUCACAGCACAGGCUACAUCAGGGAGGACUCUGCCCCUGUCCCUCAACCAUGAAGAAAAAACAGUCCUCCCUCCUGACUUUUCAUUUGCCAUAUCACAUCUAUCAUAUGGAAAGACCAUUGAUUUGUCUGAGGGAAUUCCAUUACAAAGACAACAAAAUCCCCACUGAGUAGGACAUAGAUGGUACUUCUAUGACUCUCAGGAAUGAUUUGAAUAGCAGCAUGGAUCGUUUUCCAAGCCUGAGUGUGUUUGUAUAUACUGUACAUGCUGAUUUUAUUCGUUAGGUGGGUUUAUUGUGUGGUUUUUGCAUCCCAAAAGCUUUUUGUUUUGUAAAAGUGCAUAUGCUGUUUGCAAGCGAACCAAAGUGGAUCUUUUUGAAAAAAUAAAAAUAAAUUAUAUAAUUUAUAUAUACACUGGUGGCCAAAAGUUUGGAAUAAUGUACAGAUUUUGCUCUUAUGGAAAGAAAUUGGUACUUUUAUUCACCAAAGUGGCAUUGAAGUGAUCACAAUGUAUAGUCAGGACAUUAAUAACGUGAAAAAUUACUAUUACAGCUUCUUAAAGUACUACAAAAUCAAAUCAAAUCAAAUCCCUUUAUUGUCACUCAACCAUAUACACAAGUGCAACAGUGGGUGAAAGUCUUGGGUGCAGCUCCAAGCAACAUAGCAGUAUGACAAUUACAAUAGACAUCUGAUUUACACAUAACACAAUAUACAAUAUACACCAAAUAGUAUACAAUAUACAGUAUACACAAAAUAAGACUGUAUGCUAUAAAAAAUAUAUAUAUACAAUGUACAAUAUACACAAAACAAGAAGAGUGUAUACAAUAAACAAUUAUAUACAAUAUACAGAAUGUGAGUCCAGUCUGAGGCUAGUAAAGUGCGGUGCUGAUAUAUGUAUUGUGAGCGAUCAAGAGUUCAAAAGUCUGAUUGCUUAGGGGAAAAAGCUGUCAUGAAGUCAGCUGGUGCAGGUCCUGAUGCUGCGAUACCGCCUGCCUGAUGGUAGAAGUGAGAGCAGCCCAUGGCUCGGGUGGCUGGAGUCUCUGAUGAUCCUCUGAGCUUUUUGCACACACCACCUGGUAUAGAUGUCCUGGAGGGAGGGAAGCUCACAAGAAUUUCUCAAACUAGAGACUCUGAUGUACUUAUCCUCUUGUUUAGUUGGACAUCUGGCCUUCCACAACUCUUUCUGUCCUUGUUAGAGCCAGUUGUUCUUUGUCUUUGAAGACUGUAGUGUACACCUUUGUAUGAAAUCUUCAGUUUUUUGGCAGUUUCAAGCAUUGUAUACAUAGCCUUCAUUCCUCAAAAUAAUGAUUGACUGACGAGUUUCUAGAGAAAGCUGUUUCUUUUUUGCCAUUUUUGACCUAAUAUUGACCUUAAGACAGUCUAUUGCAUACUGUGGCAACUCAAAAACAAACACAAAGACAAUGUUAAGUUUCAUUUAACGAACCAAAUAGCUUUCAACUGUGUUUGAUAUAAUGGCAAGUGAUUUUCUAGUACCAAAUUAGCAAUUUAGCAUAAUUACUCAAGGAUAAGGUGAUGGAGUGAUGGCUGCUGGAAAUGGGGCCUGUCUAGAUUUGAUCAAAAAUGACUUUUUUAAAAUAGUGAUGGUGCUGUUUUUUUACAUCAGUAAUGUCCUGACUAUACUUUGUGAUCAGUUGAAUGCCACUCUGGUGAAUUAAAUUACCAAUUUCCUUCCGAAACAGCAAAAUCUGACAUUAUUUCAAACUUUUGGCCAUCAGUGUGUGUGUGUGUGUGUAUAUAUAUAUAUAUAUAUAUAUAUACACACACACACAUACAUAUACACUGAAGAGAGAAAACGAUGUAGAAUGCAAUGUAUCCAUUCAUUGAAAAAUAGAUCAAAUGCACUUUCAUUUGUACCAGAUUUGUAAAUUAUUUAUAGCAUAAUUUUUUUUGUAAAUAUUCUUAUUGUUAAAAAAAAAAAAAAAGGAAAUAUAGAACAUAUCUAUAUAAAAGUAUAUAUGCUCAAAUGUUUAUGACAUUGUAAUGUGUAUGUGUCAUUUUAGAGAUGUUUAAACCUGUUGCCUGUGAUGUCAUAUUGCUCCCUGUGGUUGGCUGAAACACAGUCAACAUAAUUGUGUCAAAAUAUACACUAAAAUGUGUAUUUAGGACUGUAAAUUAUAAUUUAUGAUUAAUGUCUAUUACUUUUGAAAAGCAAAAGACUCAUUUUUUUAAUCUGCCUGCUUUCGUUAUUAAAAAAAAAAAAAAAAAAGACUUUUCUCAAAGCAUGUAAACACAAGAUUGAGGUGUUAUUUGCAUCUGGAUGAAUAAAAAAAACAAAAAAAAACAAAAACAAAAAAAAGAUCGCAUUCAAACAGGAUUUAAAAGGCCUCCACAGUAGAUACUGAAGGGAUCUACAAGGUCUUGUGUUCUUAGUGGUGGGUCUUCUGUAGACAAACACACAGGUGUGUACAAGCUGUUUCCUCUUUCAUACACACACAGCCAUUCGUUUCGGUCUUCUUACACCUCCAACAGUCCUGCUAUAUUUACAAUGCUUUCGCUAUGCUUACAGCUCUCCAGCUGAGCCAAAUCUGCUUACCAGAGAACUCACAUGCUUGUCUAUGAAGCAAGCCCUUUAAGAGUGAUGGAGGGACUGAGCGUUCCUCCAUAGGGGCGAAAAGGGCUCCCCUGUGCUCUCAGCCUCUGUGGCCCCCCAUAAUUUGUUAGUCUGGCUGUCCCUUUGCUGUCUGAUACCUGCUGUUAUUCAAUAUGACAUUGUAGCAUCACAUGCUGUGAUCCAGUACAAAUGACCGUGCUGCCAGACGCUAAUAAUCACGGCUAUGCUGAAAGCAGGAACACUUGAGCUUGUUAUUUAUUAACCUCAGCAUCCUCCAUCACUCUUGGACUGUCAGGUUCAGACCAUCCUCAGCGUAUUGGGUUCUAAUCCCAAUCCCGCCACAAUCCCUCGUCACCUCCGGAGGCCGGCUCUCAUAGAAGUUGAAAAGGGCGCGAUCAGGAAAUGGCUCAUUCUUCAUAGAUGUCUGGGUAGAUUUCUUUCUGGAAUCAGUUGUUUGGAGGGGACUGAUUAUUAAGUCCACAUGGCUCUGUCUUGGAUCAGAUAACUGGGUGAGGAGCUGUCUUCCAUGCUGGGCUUCAUCUUAACAUAGUUUUGUUCCUUUGGAAAAGGGGCUUGGAGCUGCAUCUCAGAGCCAGAAGGAAGGCUCAUGGACUAUGACACAAUUUAGGUUACUAUAGAAGAAAUUUUUUUUACCAUUUUCUUACAAACUGAGCUUUCAUCCUGAUUAAAUAUUGAAUAUUUAGCUAUUACUCUUACUAUUUCUGCAGUAUAUAUAUUAUACACCGUUCAAAGUACAAAAAUGUUCUGUUUGCAUCGAAUACCUGGAUUAUCUACUACAUUGGGCAAAAUCAGCAGUGUACAACAGAACAUGUUGUGUAGAAUUCAUGAAUAUUGUGGGCGCAACUUGAAGACAUCUGAACAAAAUGUAAUUAAAAAUGCAAAUAAUCAUAUUUUUUUCCACUAUGAUAACUGGACAGCACUCGCAUCCAACAAUGUGACAACAAUGCUGCAUAAUACUAAUGUUUCACUGGGUGACAUUUCCAAUAGAGCUGUUCAGCCGUGACAUCAAUUUGUAGGCGAACCUGGAAGGCUAAUUCGCCAUGGGUUCCCUCUGGAUUUAUGAGUAAAAUAAGGUCUGUGGUAAACAUUACAUUAAAGGAAUAGUUCACCCAAAAAUUUAAAUUCUCUCAUCAUCUACUCACCCUCAUGCCAUCCCAGAUGUACAAGACUUACUUUCUUCUGCAAAACAAAGAUUUUUAAAAGAAUAUUUCAGCUCAGUUGGUCCUCACAGUGCAUGUUCAUGGGUGACCAGAACUUUUAAGGCCCAUAA